UCCCUUUCUUCCCCCGGCCUCUCCGCCAGUAACCUGAAUAGCAAACGCGAGGCAAUUCAACGAUCGUGGUCUUGUCUUUUUGUCUUUUGUCUUUUUCCUGUCUUCCAACCCUGGUCACCAUCCAUGCCCACUUUUCUCUUCCAUCCUGUCCCUUUACGAAUGGUUGGAUAAGACUUCCAUGGUUUGUCCUGCCAGCCCAGCCCGUCUUCGCAUUUCCAUCUCGACUCAACUCUCCAGUUUCCCAUUCCCUCGUUCUCAUACACUUACUUUUACCCUGGCACACCCGUUGACUCAGGGACUCUCUUGUCUUUUAUUUCAGGGACUCUCUUGCCUUUUAUUUCAGGGACUCUCAAUCUCCUUGGAGAGAUAUCAUCAUCGUCGUCAUAUCCCUACCACCGGCUACGCAUUACGUUCCAACUCGCUUGGUCGCAGAUCCCCGCCGUACGAGGUACACAGAGACACGCUCUGAAUUCACCCGCGCACUAUAGCGGUUAAACAGGACUCAAUCUAAGACCAUCCUCAGAAUUCACCCAAGCCUAAACUCCGGUCGUUGUUGUUCUUGACGUGGUUGGUGUCGAGUUGUCAAUACCUCUUGUCACAUCGGUGUCGUUCAUUAUCCACCAUUCAACCUAUUCCAAUUGAAAUAUACAAGAUUUCCCAACGGCAACCAUUCUCCAACCAACAUUUUGCACCCCCGGCGGCUUGAUCGCUGGUGCAGGGUAGUCGAAUCAAACAAUGGAUGUUCAGACUCACUCUAGAGGAGCAAGAUUCUUCUCCAUUCUCAACGACAACGAUAGUCCGUCCUUUGCCAUCCGACCUCGGCGAGCUUCUCAAUCUUCCCAACAGUCUUCGCGCUCUUACACCUCGUCCUCCCCAUCUGCUCCCCCAGCCAAGUACGAGAGACCUAGCAUCAUUCGCCAGGAACAAUUCCAUCGCUCCUCAUCCUUCUCCUCGACUGGUUCAAGCACCCCACCUCUUGUUCGACUAUCGUCGACCUCGUCCAAGUCUUCUACCUCAAGCAUGGACUCUUCGCCCUCUCCAAUCACUCCAGCAUAUUCGUUGCAUGACCCCAAUUUACUGCCUUAUGACCCCAUGCUACGACAGGAUAUGGUGGGAUACCUCCCAUCUCCCACCACCAUUACCCCAUUUCUCGAGCAACAGAUGUUGAUGGCCUCCCCUCUCAUGCCCGAUCAGCUGCCCAAGCCUAUUUCGCAGUCCAUCACUCCUCUGCAAUAUCCAAUUCCCCCACUGCAUUCCACCUCCCGCCAGCCCAUCCCAACACCGGUGUCCUCGAACUCUUCAGUGCCUCCCCCUACAAUCACCUCUGUUCCGCCACCUACCGUGUCUGCUAAGGUUCAAGGUCAAUCUUCCCCUGUCGGCCCAGCACCAAACAAGAAGAACAAGUAUCCUUGUCCAUAUGCGCAAUCUCAUGAUUGCCAGGCUACAUUUACCACCUCUGGACAUGCUGCUCGGCACGGCAAGAAACACACUGGGGAGAAAGGUGUUCACUGUCCCAUCUGCAACAAGGCCUUUACGCGCAAAGACAACAUGAAACAGCAUGAACGCACGCACAAGGGCAACAACUCAGGGAGCAACAGUGAUGACACCAGUAGUCGCAAGAGCAAAGCUGCCAUCACCAAGGACGCCCAAAAGGCAAAAGCUGCUAGUAGCGGCGAAGCUUUGGCGUCUGAGAACAGCCGACGAUCAAGUUUGAUCCGAUCACCGCUCUCUGAGGUGACCUCUCUGGCACAAACAUCGACCGAAACAUCGAUCAACAUUGAGGACCCCGCCAACCCCGCUCUCUACCCAGAUUCUCACAGUAUGCUCAUGCCCAUGGUGGUUAUGCCUGAGAGCGUAUCUCCUAAUCCACUCUAUCAUACUGCGGAUGAUCUCCUCAUGAACCACCCAUCCAUGGUUCCUCAACUUAUGAUGGACAAGCAGUCCGAGUAUGGACUUCCCAGGGGCGCAAUGCUCGCACCCCCGCCCCUAGCACGUGGCUUUUCCGACUUGGACACAUUGGCGCAAGCCGCCGAAAGUUAUAAUCCCUAUUAUCAAUCUUGAAACAUGUGAUGACGAUUUUUGGUCACGCAUCAAUGGCACGACCGCCCAUUUUGCGCGUCUCUGUACAUGUUUUGAACGAUUUUCUUUGUUUACUUUAUGGCGCCAGAGAAAUGAAAUCGGGAAGGGAUCGAGACAGCAUCGAUUCACACCCUGGACUGCAACUCCUGGUUUUGCCUGCAUGAUAUGAUCAUACUUAUUCAGAAUACGACGAUACCCGCAAGCACUGUUGAAUGGGCAAAAUGUAUUAUUCUAUCUGGCAUUUGCAUAUGUAUUUGCAACAGCCGCCGUCAUGGCAGGGGGCGAGCCCAACGACGAACUUGGGAGGGCAGAUGGUGGAGGUAAUAGCAUCGGUGUCACCGGACAGGUUGGUUACGUCUCUCGCAGGCAAGGUCUACAAACGACCUAAUUAUUUAGAUGAUCGAGUACCAUGCCAUCCACACUAGUUGAUGGCUGGUGUUUGAGAAUAUAUAUAUACAUGGUCUGC